AUGUCUACCUACAACGGAGCCUGCCACUGCGGUGCCACUGAGUGGACCGCCUCCCUCGACAAGGAUACUUCCUCGCACAUCCUCUGUCACUGCAACACCUGCAAGAUCCUGUCCGGUGGUGCCUACACCCUCAAUCAGAUCAUUCCCAAGGACAGCCUGAAGAUCACAAAGGGCGGCGACAACCUCAAGAACUACACCUACAAGGGUGACUCGGGCAACCCCGUCCACUGCUACUACUGCCCCAACUGCACUACCGCUCUCGGCGACGACAAGAUUAUCCUGCGCACAGGUCUUUNNCUCUCCGAGGGUCGCAAGAACUUUGGCCCUGCUGCUGAGAUCUACGGCAAGGACCGCUUCUCGUGGGAGAAGGAGGUUGCCAACACUUUCGAGGUCCUGCCUCCUCAAUAA